CAUCUACCUACCUUGCACCAGGGGGGUCAUGCAUGACAUCGUCCAAGGGGGUCAAGCAUGAUACCAUCCAAGGUGAGUCGAGUAUGACGAGACGCAAGCUAGCUGUGGUGGCAAAGAGAGCCAAAAUUUGGCUAAGUGUGGAGAUCCAACCGUCCAAGGGGGGUCAUGCAUGACUUCGUGCAGGGGGUCUCGUCCAAGGGGGUCUCGUCAAGGCAGUCAAGCAUGACACCGUGCAAGGAAGGCGAAAAUUGGCUAAGUGUUGAGACCCAUAGCACAAGGGGGGUCAUGCAUGACACCAUCCAAGGGGGGUCAAGCAUGACACCGUGCAAGGGGGGUCAAGCAUGAUACCAUCGAAGGGGGUAUAGCCGCCUACCAGGUAUCAAAGUGUGUGGCAAGGGGAGAAGGGCAACGCAAGUCACUAGACCAUGAUGGGGAAGAAAGCCAAAAUUUGGCUGAGUGUUGAGGCCCGCAGCACAAGAGGGGUCAUGCAUGACACCAUCCAAGGGGGUCAAGCAUGACACCGUGCAAGGAAGGCGAAAAUUGACUAAGUGUUGAGACCCAUAGCACAACGGGGGUCAUGCAUGACACCAUCCAAGAGGGUCAAGCACAAGGGGGGUCAUGCAUGACGUCGUCCAAGGGGGUCCUUGCACUAGGGUGUCAAGCAUGAUGCCGAGGUGAAAAUUUGUUAAGUAUGGAAUCACAUGGCCAUAGCAAGAGGGUACCAAGCCGACAAGGCAGGCUUGGUACCAAGCCAUGUAAAGCAUGAAUUUGGCUAAGUAUGAAGCCAACGGAUCUGCAAGACAGGCUUGGCAGCCAAGCAAGGCGACAAGGCUCAACUCCAACCCGAUCCGGCAUCGAGGCCAUCAAGCACCCACCAACCCCAAGACGGGUCAAGGAGCUCAAAGGCAAUGGAGGUGAAGAUCAAGACAACGGUUACCAAUUGGCAACCAAGGCAACAAAAAGGGGUCCCUAAGGCGGUUGGAACAACAAGACGGCUAGCAGUUACCAAGGCAGUUACUCCUAGUGGCUAUAAAUAGGAGAAGCGAAGACGGAAAAAUGGUUCCACAACCAACCAUUUGACACACUAUGUCACACUUUAUCUUUUUCUCUGCAAAUUAGCCAUAGCCCUUAGUUUUCGAAGCGAAGACGUAACUUAGAGUAUUCCAAAAAACCAUCAAAAACAUCAAACACCCUCGUUCGAACAUUGUUCGGAGAAGAGUGAACCGUGUUUAGAAUCGUUGUUCAAGAGGUCAAAGGUGCAAAUCAUUUAAUUCAAACACCAGUUUUUCCUCGCCGGAAAACAGUUUCUAAGGAAACCCUUUGGACAUGAAACGUUAUCGUUGUAACUCUGCUUCCUUCCUCUGAUCCACAAUCCUUUCUUCAUAAGGAUUCAGCAACAUGGUGUUGUCACCAUCUGAUUUCAUGUUAGGCCAUUGAUGGUCGGAGGAAUGGAAGUGGGCCUUGAGCCCGUCUAUUGGAGCAAGAAUGAAACGGCGGCCCAACCAUAUAUCUGCCAGCCCAGCCGCUUUCCUGUCGUAUCUGAUCUCUCUUCGUUACUCGUUAAUCGUUAUUAGUGGUUGAUCGAGCAAAAUUGGAAGGUUCAUCCACUGAACUUCUCUUCCGGGAAACUGGAAGGAAAAUCAAAGAAAAGGGAAGAAAAGAUUAAAGCAUAGCAGGAAAGGGGAAAUGGCAUGCAGGGUGGCUUUACGCUCAGUGCUCGCAACAGAGCAACCAUGGUGACCAUUCCAACAAACUCGACGCCUCUGGCGUUUCCCUCCAGCGACAGGAAACCGAUUUGCGCCUUGUGUAGAAGUGUUAGAGCGCGUAGAUUUCGCUCCGGCGUACCUUGCCGUUCGAAUUUCUCAAAUAAUAGCGGCGUUCCAGGGCCGAAAGACGACGACCAGGAGCAGGGGCUGCCGCAAGAAGCCGUCUAGAAGGCUAUCUCAGGCUUACCUCUCUUUUUCUGUUUAAUGGGUUCUUGAAUUUUCGCUAGCUUCUCAAAUCCGUAUGGCUUCUGUGGAUGCUCUGAAGCAUAUGCCGGUUUGGGCCAAAUGAUGUUGAUGUUGUUUGGCAGAGUUGUCAAAAACACAAGGGAGAGUGGGGCAAACUAAGAAUGUGGUCAUUGGAAGGACAAUGGCUUAUGAUUCCUCCGAAGAAUGGCUUGAUUUAGAUAAGAAGGUACGGGAAAUGCAUUUCCACUUUGAAUUAUGACAGUGUGGACCAAUUCGAAGCGCUAAAGUCGCAUAUUGAAUUGAUGUUUUAGUGAUAAGGGCUCAACUGGAUUAGAAUGACAUUGAAAUGUUGAUUCACCAAGUUAACACAUAUCCUACGGUUAGAGGGUUUUACUGCCAUUGGAACUGGGGGUGAUGAUUUCGUUCAAGCUAUGGUUGUUGCUGUGGAAUCUGUAAUUCAACAGUCUAUUCCCGAGGUUAGUAUAAUUCUCCUUUGGUUACACCCCAUGGGACUGUUAGGAACAAGAGUUUAGGUCAGACAUGCUGAAAGAGAUCAAGUCGUGUGGUGCCUUUUUUCAAUGUUAAACUUACUGUGAUCAUUUCUUGUAAGGAAGUGGUUAAGCACCAUACACGGGCCUGUAUAAGAUCCAACAUAACCUUCUCCCAACAACUCGAGUUAUUGGGACCAACUGGUUUAUGACAUGGUAUCAGAGCUGGUUUAUCCUUGAGGUCACGUGUUCAAGUCCUCACGACCCCUAAUAUUAAUCGUUGUCUUUCAAGCACAUGGUAGGGUUGGGCCUGUGCAAACUUCUGUAGUGCCCUGGAAGCUUUUGUUGUCUUUUUUCAAUGUUAAACUUACUGUGAUCAUUUCUUGUAAGGAAGUGGUUAAGCACCAUACACGGGCCUGUAUAAGAUCCAACAUAACCUUCUUCCAACAACUCGAGUUAUUGGGACCAACUGGUUUAUGACAUGGUAUCAGAGCUGGUUUAUCCUUGAGGUCACGUGUUCAAGUCCUCACGACCCCUAAUAUUAAUCGUUGUCUUUCAAGCACAUGGUAGGGUUGGGCCUGUGCAAACUUCUGUAGUGCCCUGGAAGCUUUCGUAGUCGAAGAUUUUGUGAUGUUUUAGCGAGUCCCUUGAUUUGCCCAAUUCGUGAGAUUGAAGAAAGCAUUUAGUUCUGCUAGUAUGUUUUUGUGCAGUAGGUAAAGUAUUUCGCCGCAACAGAAAAAGUGAUUUAACUGUGUGCGAUCAUGCAGCCUAGCUAGUGUUAAGCUGAAACUACAUGAUACUCAUUUUGGAAUGACAUGGCAAAGAAAUAUUCUAUUGCUUUGUUUACGACUGAUAUGUAUUGAGGAUGGAAUAUGUGAUGGUCAUGGCCUGGUAGUCACAAGCUGUUUCAUAUUACCAGGCCGGCUUAGUCGUUGCUUAGCAGUAAACUCCUUAACAUAAUCGUUUUAAAUUUAUUUAUUUAUUUUGCUCUGGUGCUCAUUGAGAGAAAUUGACUGCCGCUAGCUGUUGAAGGGCUGUGGUAUUUCAUAUUUGACUCACUGGCACACUGCUGAAUUCACCAUGACCAGCUUGUUUAUUGCCUUUAUAAAACUUUGGAGUGAGCCGUUGGUUGGCAAUGGACUGGUUUUUAGUAAGAUAGGCAAUGAAACCAUAGCUGGAGCAUAGUCAGUUUGUAUGACUUUACAGUGACAGGUUGGUGGGUUCUCAACUUCUCAUCUUCAGGGUCAAGUGAGGCAGAAAAGUGUCAUCGAGAGGCAAAUAGACAACCCCUCUGGUUUUUCAAUCAAGUCAUUCGUAUCUG